UAAUUCAGCCAAAAGUCACAAAAUAGGAGCAAUACUCUUCGUUUAUUAACAACCAUUCAUUUAUUAGCAUUCAUCACUUCAACACUCUUGCUCAUCUCUAACUCUCAAUAAUCUUCUAUUUUCUGGUUAUAGUCUUUCGCCAUUUCAUUUGUUCCAAGUGUGUUUGCAGUCAUGGAGAUCGCUCUUUGCUGGCCUUCUUCUUCUUCCUUCAUUUCUGCACAUUAUCACAACAAAGGCGAUGCUUUCAAAAGCAAAUUUCCAAAUUCGUCUACUGGAAAAUUGCUAUACAGCAAUUCCAUUUCCACCAGAAAUACAGGAACAACACCAACACGGCGUGCCCUUAUUGCUUCCGUGCUUGGUCGGAAGGCGGAGAAAGGGACUACUGUUAUUCCUGACCCUGAUUAUCGAAUUCCAGUUGUGCUUUUUGGAAUGGCUGGUGGUUUUGUUUAUGCUGAUAAUUUAGUAGCAGCAGUACCUGUUGGCCUUCUGGGCUUGCUCCUACUAGUCCAGGCAACAAGAGUGAGAUUCGUCUUUGAUAAGGAAGCCCUGGAAGUAAAAGUUGGAGAUCAGCUUCAAGAGUCGGGUGAAAAUGUUUUUGUAGGUGGAAAAAACCGGUGGAAGUAUUCAACAUUUGUCAAUUGGGAGCUCUGGUGGCCAUCGUUCCCAAUCCUGGUUUAUUUCAAAGAGACACAGACAAAACCUGAAGGACAAAUCCAUUUUUUCCCAGUAAUUUUUAACGGGAAACAACUCUAUAAUGCUUUAGUGGAAAGGUGUGGUCCUUCAAAAACUAGCGGACCCAGCUGAAAUGAGAUGGGCAACUGUGUUCAAACAAUAGCAAGCGUGGAAGCUGAUAUUUGCAAAGUUGAAGCAAACCGAAGAAAUGAACCAAGAAGAGGAGACAGAAACUACAGAUCAAGUGUAGAUAAAUAUGUUGGACCUUGAUUUUGAUGCACUAUGUGAUGUAGCAACAUAUAUCAUGUUGCAACUUUGUUUAUAUGCAUAUAGAGGAAAGUUAGGUUGUAUUUCUAGUAUCUUAUGUUAACGUUGUUCAUGGACUAUAUAUAUGUGGAAGGAUCAAUUGGCAAAAAGAACAAAAAAAAGUGAUAAUUGACAUACUUGGAUUUUACAA